AUGGCUCGGACUAAAGCAUCUGUAGGGGCUAAAGUCUCUUCUGGUAAGAGUAGCAAGGCGAGAUGCAGCGCAGCUCCGCCUCCAAGUAGCACAGUUUCCUCAGGUAGCGGAGAAAAAUCAUCUCGGAACUACUCCGGAGGUAACCCGGUGUGUCCGCGAGAGACUCCCAAAUGGCAGAAACCAAUAACGAAUUUCUUUUUAUCUAACCAAAAUCCACAAUCCGAUGAUAGCGACGAUGACACGGAAGCUGGCGCGAGCAGUUCAAAAUCAAAGCCAAAACAUAACACAAUAGAAUCAGACGAUGAAGAUUCACAAACAGACAAACCGAUCAACAAGGAACUCGACGAGACGUUAGAAUUAGAACCGUUGACAGGAGACGACAGUCACAAAAUCAACGAAUACUACACAAGCAAAGAUAAAGGCAAAGGGAAGAAAAGUGCAAAUAGAGAAGAUAUAAAUGGAAAUCUGAAGAGGGAUUCCGCAAAGAGAGAUUUGGAAGAUGUUGCAAAUGAUAGCGAACACGUCAGUAAAAAGAUUAGAGUUAAUUAAAAUUAUUUGCAGUUCUUUGACACUUUGCAAUAUUCCGUUAAUUGAUUUUUUGAAUUUUUUUUUAUUGUAGUUGUUUUGAUAUUCUUGUUAUGAUGAGUAAUUAUAAAUAAAUACAGGAUAUCAUGUACAACCAA